AUGGCACCUCAACACAAACAUCUGCUUAACAACCCCGCUACUCUCGUGGUGGAUUCUCUCAAGGGUCUGGUCAAUUUGAACCCGGAAGUCAAGUUUGACGAGGGACAAAGGGUGAUCUACACUCCCCCUACCAAGCCCCGAGUAGCCCUCCUCUCAGGAGGUGGAUCAGGACAUGAACCUGCCCAUGCCGGAUUCGUAGGCAAAGGUCUCUUGGACGCUGCGAUUUGCGGAAACAUCUUUGCUUCCCCCAAUGUCGCCCAAGUCCGAAGAGGUGUUGAAUUGGUUACGAGAGAGAAAGGAGCUUUGAUAGUGGUUAUGAACUACACAGGAGACGCACUUCAUUUCGGUCUUGCUGCUGAACAACAUAGAGCUUCAGGUAAACCCGGUGAUGUUAGAGUGCUGUUGGUGCAGGAUGAUGUUGCUGUUUCGAGAGAACAGGGUACGAUCGUUGGUAGAAGAGGUCUCGCUGGUACCAUCUUAGUAUACAAGAUUGCCUCUGCGCUCUCAGACCAAGGAGCCGACCUUGACACCGUCGAGGAUGUCGCCAAGUACGUUACCUCGAGAUUGGGUACUAUCGGUGUAGGACUUGAUCACUGUCAUGUCCCCGGAACCAAAGUCGGUGAAUCACACUUGGACGACAACCAACUUGAAUUAGGUAUGGGUAUUCACAACGAAGCCGGUACACACAAACUUGAAUUACCCUCUAUCGCCCAAUUGGUCGAUCAGAUGUUAUCUAAAAUCACCAACACCAAUGAUCCCGAAAGAUCUUACGUCCCAUUCAAGAAUGAUGGUUCAGACGAAGUUGUCUUGUUAGUCAACAAUUUGGGAGCUAUUAGUGAAUUGGAAAUUGGUGGUAUCACCGGUGAAGCUGUAAAAUGGCUUCAAAGCAAAAACAUCAAGACCCGACGAGUUCUCUCCGGAACAUACAUGACAUCUCUCAACAUGCCUGGAUUCUCACUUACCCUCUUGCUCCUCCCUGGUAAAUCCGAAUCAUCAACUUACUCCUCUUCGCAAAUUUUGGAAUACCUCGAUGCCCCGGCCAGUGCUCCUGGAUGGGCUUGGACAUCAGGUAAAGAACCUGGAGUGGUUGGUGAGAAGGUCGAUGAGGUCGUACAAGAGAAGAAAGGCAAGGAAGUCGAUUUAGCUCCAACCGACUCAUCCGAGUUCUUGGCCGCUAUUACCCGAUCAUGUAAAGCCCUUAUCGCCGCUGAACCCGAACUCACCCAACAAGAUCAAAUCGCAGGUGAUGGAGAUGCAGGUCUGACCUUGGAAGCAGGUGCCAAGGCGAUCCUCAAGGUGAUCGAAUCGGGUAAACUGGCCGGAAAGAAUGUGAUUGAAGAUAUCGGUGUGAUUGCCGAAGUGGUAGAGGAAGAUAUGGGAGGUACUUCCGGUGCAUUGUAUUCCAUUUUCUUUGCUGGAUUGGGUAAAGCUUUGAGAGACGCAGCGAACCAAGGUAAUAAACAGACUACACCGGAUGUUUGGAGUGAGGCUGCUAAACAGGCUUUGGACACUUUGUACAAAUACACCAGAGCCAGACCACCUUCCAGAACCCUCGUAGACCCCCUCGAAGCAUUCAUCGCCUCCCUACCUUCCAAGGGACUUAACGGUGCCGCUGAAGAUGCCCACAAAGCUGCUGACAAGACUAAAGAGUUGGUUGCUAAAGCUGGUAGAGGUGCUUAUGUCAAUCAAGAAGACUUGAAGAAGAGGGAAGUACCUGAUCCUGGAGCUUGGGGUAUCUGGAGGAUCGUAGAUGGUUUGAGAGGGUUUGAGGCGUAA